CGUCCCUUCCGCCUUCCCGGCGUGCCGCGCGCGGCGCCUGCGCACUCGGUGACCUUCCGGGCCGUCGGCGGGGCGCGCGGGGCUGCGGGAGCUGCUGGGGCUGCUGGGGCCGAGGGUCCGCCGCCGCGAUGCUUCAGAGCCUUAUGAGGAGCGUGUGGACGCCCAUGAGGCCCUACUACACGCAGGUCUACCAGGAGAUCUGGGUCGGCAUGGGGCUGAUGAGCUUCAUCAUCUAUAAGAUCAGGAGUGCAGAUAAAAGAAGUAAAGCUUUGAAAGGUUCGAGCCCGGCGCCUGCCCAUGGCCAUCACUGACCAGCUGCCCCCGGAGUGCUGCAGACCGGCGGCGGCCCUGCUGUGAAUGUCGGCGUGCCGUCCGGAGGGGCUGUGGACGGCCAGCGGACUGUAGGGAACCCGUCCUCGUGGCACAAAUAAAUGUCCUGUAAGAUGUG